AUGAAACGAGAACACGAUGACGAUCAAACUGGAACUGACGAUGAACAACAGGGACUCCGGUCAGGAACAGACGAGACAACCACGAACAGGACACCAAACAACGAUCUGACAAUGGAGAUGAGAAUGAGUUACUGUAAGAGCUGUAUUACAGGCCGCUGGGAUCAGGAGGAUCAGAUGAGUGUCUACAAAUGCCCUCAGUGCAAACAGACCGUCAGUCCAAGACCUGCUUUAGCUGAAAACACCAUGCUGGCUGGAGUGAAAAGAAGAGACAAGAAAUCUCCAACCUGCACUCAGUGUGGAAAGAGUUUCUCAACCAAACAAAGUCUUGAUGUUCACAUGAGAAUUCACACAGGAGUGAAGCCGUUCACAUGUGAUCAGUGUGGGAAGAGUUUCAGUCAAUCAGCAAACCUUAAAGCACACAUGAGGAUCCACACAGGAGAGAGACCGUUCACAUGUGAUCAGUGUGACAAAACAUUUCUAGGGUCAUCAGACCUGAAGUCACACCUGAGAGUUCAUACAAAGGAGAAGCCACAUUCAUGUUCUGUGUGUGGAAAGAGUUUUUCACUGCUGUGUAGUUUACAAAAACAUGAGAAAAUUCAUACUGGUGUGAGAGAGUAUGUGUGCUUUGAGUGUGAGAAAACUUUUACUACAGAAAAAACUUUAAAACAGCACCAGAGAAUUCACACUGGAGAAAAAGCUUACAAGUGUUCACACUGUGACAAGAGAUUCAGUGUGUCAUCAAAUCUGAAAACACAUGAGAGGAUCCACACUGGAGAAAAACCUUACAAGUGUUCACAGUGUGACAAGAGAUUCAAUCAGUCAUCAUCUCUGAAAUCACACGAGAGGAUCCACACUGGAGAGAAGCUGCACACGUGUGAUCAGUGUGGAAAG